AUGAAUGAUUUAAGGAGUAACGAUCGCGACUUUGUGUUUCAGAGGAUCACUAUCGGUCUGUUUAUCAUACUGUCAAACGAGGCGUUGAACAGCGGAAACGCCGACAAGGAACAUUAUUCUGUUGCCGUAAACAGUGUGCAUUUCAAGAUCCACGUGCCGGAGAUCAUAAAACAUCAGAUUCACACGAAAACGGUGUUCAUACAUAUUCACAAGCCGGGUAGUUCAAUUCCGAAGAAGUCGAAGUUUAAGGAAGAAGCGCCGAAGAAAACCUAUCAUAAGGAGACGCAUCAAGAGGACUGGAGUUCCUGGAGCACUUAUGAUUAUCACAACGAUCACGAUAAUAAAUCGGGCAAUAAUCUGCCCAAGGAUCACGACGGUAUUCACAAAGAGGAGGCUCAUAAACAAAAGGAAGAUCCUAUCCUCCAUCAGUAUCCCAAAGACUCUUACAUGCCCGCGUCGCAGCAUAAUAAUAAACCCGAUCAUCUGAAGGGGAAACACGGCGACAUGAUCGGAUACUCUUAUCCACCGCAGUACGCGGUUCACGAAGACGUCAAGGAAACAGAUCACAACGACAUCGAGCCCUACAUGCAUACGUACGAGGAAGGUUAUCAUAAAAGUGGCGAAUCCGCGCGCGGACACAUUUAUACGGGCGAUGUAACAAAGUUUUACGAUGGCAAGCACGAGGAGGGCGAUCACUCCAUCGAGGAGGAGUAUAAGAAUGAGUCGACGGAGAAAACGCACGCCGGCCGUUAUUUCAUCGAUGAUAAUGAAUAUCAACGUGAUAGCGAUAAGCACAAACCGGAGAAGCGCGCAUCUUUUGGAAUGUUCGCGUUAUCGUGAAGCGAAAAAAAACUAACUUGAAAUCAGAGAUCGUGCCAAUGAAAAAUAUUAAUUCCUCGGGAAUGAUAUCGUACAACAUCGAGCUGUUAUUUAAAAAGCUAAUUUAUAAGAAAAAGAAAAAAUUCGUUAAUUUUAGUUAUCAUAAUGACGUCGAUUGACGAAUAUGCUAUCAAGGAUAGACUUGUUGAAAAGCUAUCAGAUAAUAUAAAAAUAAAUGUUUAAUUAAGCAAUAUGUC